AUGAAGUUCCCUACCCUGGCCAUCGCCCUGGCCAUACUCAUCUCGGGAGUCCAUGCCGGCGGCAAGAAGCCCCAGCCCUCGGUGUGGGAGGUCCACAGGAGCAGCAUGGAAACCUGGCUCAGGUGGCCCAAGAACGACACGAGAGGUCUACAUCUCAGCACCCUCCCCGCGUGCAUUCAGCGCUGCAUCACCCCCGAGCGGGCCAUCCUCGAUAUCUAUGGCGAGAAGGCGGACGCCCGCACCAUCAACCGGCGCAUCUUCUGCGACCCGCGACUCAACCUCCUUAACAUCUUCUUCCUCCACACCCUCGGGCCGUGCAGCCUGGAGAGCUGUCGACACGAGCACGGUUUGAACGACCUGCAAACCCACUUCAAGAAAUGGAUGACGGCGCUCUGCGCGGCCCCGGUUAUGAAGAAGCCUAGCAUUACCUGGGGCCUCAGAGACAAACAUACGUAUCCCCCGCCAAAGGAAAUGAUCGACCCUGCCGCCGCCGACGUAGACGGUCUCGUGGGCGAGGAUGCCGAGGAGAAGCUUGGCGGCGAUGUGGACGCCCUCAUGGAUGAGGACACUCAGGACUUGGAAUCUGUCGACGACAGCCCUGCCGCUCGUGCUGAUGCUCCCGCUGAUGCUCCCGCGAAGCCCGCUGUUACCGCCGCCAAGUUCACCGUCUGA